AGAAUUAUAUUCUCUCUUCCUUUGAAGUUCUAAUUCUGUUAUAAUAAACACUUUUUCUUCAACUAUGGAGACGGGUGUCAGGUGCUAUGCCCGGGGGAUUGUUCUUCCUAGUGUUUCCUCUAAGCAUUCCACUGCACUAGUCUCCCCACCAUCGAUAUCUCCUUCCUUCAGCUGCAGGAGCCUUAAAUCGAGCUCACUGUUCGGGGAAUCACUGCGGGUUGUGCCAAGAUCAUCACCGAAGGUUUCAAAGACAAAGAGCUCUUCCCUUGUGACAAGAUGUGAGAUUGGUGACAGUCUGGAAGAGUUCCUUACAAAGGCAACCCCAGACAAGGGACUCAUUAGAUUGAUGAUGUGCAUGGGAGAAGCAUUAAGGACAAUUGCUUUCAAGGUCAGGACAGCUUCUUGUGGAGGUACAGCUUGCGUGAAUUCCUUUGGAGACGAGCAGCUUGCUGUCGAUUUGCUUGCCAACAAGCUUCUAUUCGAGGCAUUGACUUACUCACACUUCUGCAAGUACGCUUGCUCGGAAGAAGUUCCUGAGCUUCAAGACAUGGGAGGCCCUGAUGAAGGUGGAUUCAGUGUCGCUUUUGAUCCACUUGAUGGCUCCAGUAUUGUGGACACAAAUUUCACAGUAGGCACCAUCUUUGGGGUGUGGCCUGGAGAUAGGUUAACCGGUGUAACAGGAAGAGAUCAAGUUGCUGCAGCCAUGGGAAUUUUCGGUCCUCGGACUACAUAUAUUCUUGCACUUAAGGACAGCCCUGGCACCCAUGAGUUCCUUCUUCUAGAUGAAGGAAAAUGGCAACAUGUCAAAGACACCACAGAGAUUGGUGAAGGAAAAAUGUUCUCCCCUGGAAAUUUGAGAGCCACAUCUGACAACCCUGAAUAUGACAAGUUGAUCAACUACUAUGUGAGCGAGAAAUACACAUUGAGAUACACUGGUGGAAUGGUGCCAGAUGUCAACCAGAUCAUUGUAAAAGAAAAGGGUAUCUUCACAAAUGUGGCAUCACCAUCCGCCAAGGCCAAGCUGAGGCUGUUAUUUGAGGUAGCUCCCUUGGGGUUCUUGAUUGAGAAAGCUGGAGGUUACAGUAGUGAUGGUCAUCGGUCAGUACUAGACAAAGUGAUCAAUAAUCUUGAUGAUAGAACUCAAGUUGCAUAUGGUUCAAAGAAUGAGAUUAUCCGCUUCGAAGAAACUCUAUACGGAUCCUCAAGGCUCAAAGCUGGGGUCCCUGUUGGAGCUGCUGCUUAAGCAACAAUGUUUUUACUUUGUUUUAUCUUUCAGCCUUUGUUUUCCUUUGUCUAUCAAACCUUAAGCUAUUCCAUAUAGAAGAAGUUGUCAAAAUAGAAUUAUAAAAGGCUGAGCUCUCCAUUCAGCAUAUUUUUCCCUGAAAAGAAUUUGCUUCUUUAUCUGUAAUGGGACUUGAAGCAGAAGUGCCCAUAAAGUUAUCCCAGGGCCAAUGCACCUCGUUCUUCUA